AUGACGACUGCACACCGUCCGACCUGGCACGCCGCUGUAGGUCAAUCAAAUGAAGGAGGAUGGCAUGCUGGAGGCAAAUUAAGUGACCAGAUUUCAGCACGUGACUUGCCAGCUCACAGGCAUUUAAAACUCCGCCAAGUUGGACAGGGUACAGCUAAUGAGGUGGAGCUGCUGGAUUUACGCCAAGAAUUGGAGCGGAAGGAGGAGAAGCAUGAGCUGGAAAAAGGGCUAAAGAAAGACACGGCACAAGACAAAUUGCGACGUCUAGAGCAGAAUAAGAAGAUUUUGUUGCUGGGUGACGCUGAGGCGGACGAAAAAGAGUCGCAGUUGAUGGCAGUGGCAUGUAAGUACAAUGAUGCAGACGAUGGCGCGGACUCAGACGAGUCAAGUGACGCUGACAGUGACAGCGAUGAUGAAGAUGAAGAGGCUGAACUCAUGAGAGAGCUUGAGAAAAUCAAGCAAGAGCGUGAAGAGGAACGGCAACGUAAAGAGAAAGAAGAACAGAAGGCUGCCGAACAACAAUCUCGCGAAGAGAUACUUCAAGGGAAUCCGCUGACCCAGCAGCAAGCUGCAAGUAGCGCCAAGAUGAAGCGUCGAUGGAAUGACGACGUGGUGUUUAAGAACCAGUCUCGCAACGAGCCGGUGGUUAAGAAGCAAUUCAUCAACGAUACAAUCCGUAACGACUUUCACCGCCGUUUCCUGAACAAGUACAUUCAGUAA